AUGUCAUCGUAAUACAAGCUCAAAAAUAUUUCACCCAGAAAACUGAUUGCAACAAAACUGCAAAAGGAGUAUUAUAGUGACUUGAGAGUCAGAUACGGAGCAGAGCCAAGAAGCAAAUCUCAAAUGAGAAGUACUUACAAUCUAGAAGAGUUCUUUAAUAACAACUAUGAUGAGACCAAAUUACUAGCUUCAAUAUCAAAUCAAUUUAGCGAUAUCAAUGACACUCAUGAUAAGUGGGAAACUAUGUGCAAGAUGAUCACAAGCAAGCAAAAUUACAGCACUCUUCUAGUAAAUUAAAGGCUUAACCCUAAUGAAACCAACACUAAUUUCCCAUUCAUUUACAUCAAGAGGAAGGAUUACAUUAAAAACAUAAUUGGCGAUUGGACCAGGAAAUAAACUGAGCGCAUAAGAGAAAGGUUGAUGAAUGGAGUACCAGACAAUGAAUCAGAUUUGCAUAGAGAGGAGACAUCAUAUUCUCAUGCACCAAAGCAUGCUGCUGAAGUGGAGAGAUAGAAGAAAUUUGAAAAUCCUGUUGAGUUUAUUAACAAGUAUAAGGAUUUAUACAGCAACAAAUCUAUAAAGAAAAUAAAGCAAAGCAUCGAGCAAUAAAAGUAAAUGAAUGAAACCAUAAGUAACAUGCAAGAUCAACUUGAGAUCUCUAAAAAGUUCAGGUCUACAAUAAGAUAGCAUCAGGUAAAGUUAGUUGAGUCAAUAAGGAAAGAAACUCAGGACGAGGAAGAUGAUGACUACUUUUAGAUAAGAAAGGUAAAGCGGGCUAAGUAACAAGAUAAUUCUUAGAUUAAUAGCAAGCAAUUAUCAUACCAUCCCCGCAGAAAAGAAUCGUAAUUUGAUACUACAAUGAAAGAUGAUGAUUCAUCAGUAAAUCUAAGUAGGAGAUUUUCAAAGGAUUUCACUAUUCAGAGAUCAAGGGCUAACAGUCUCGAUAAAAUAGAUAGAUAGCUGAAAUCACAUAACAAUUUAUUCGCUUAACCAAUUUAGGAAAGCUAGGAGGAUAACUAUAAAAAUGAUGCCAGAAAAUUAGAUAAAAAUCGCUAUUAGAGUAAUAAUCAAAUCAACAGCAGCAAUCAUAAAAUUGAGAAAUCUGAAUAAAAUUCUAAUAACUAGUCAACUGCAAAUAUAAGAAGCUUGAAGACUCAAAAAUUUAUGAAUAAUUAUAAAAAUAUAGAUCUAAGUCAAGUAGGUAAAAAAAUAAACGAAGAAACAUUCUAAGACUACUCUCAAAAGAGAUUAACUUAGUACGAUAAAUCAUUUAACAUUUAAUCUAAUCCAGCAUCCAGUUAAUUUACUAGGAAUUACAAGUUUGCAUAUCGAAAGUUGACAGAUUAAGCUAAUAUUACACUGCCUUCAUUAAUAAAUAGUGCAAAGAAAGAGUUAGACAUCUCUAUGAUAGAACAAUCUGACACUAAGAGGAAAAUCAUGGCUUCAGGCAGUGUACUUGAUGUGCAAAGAUCAAAAUCUGUUGUGAGAAAAAGAAAGAAAAAAAGUAAGCUUAAUCAGACAGAGAUAAAAGACAUCGAUUACAAUUAAAUAGGGGUGAAAGUGUUAAAAUCUUAAAGGAAAAAGAAGAUUAAAAAUCUAAUUAAGCAGUAGAAGUCUGAAUUUCUUAAAAUAUACGAGACCUGGAAGUAAGAGCAUGUCCUAAAGCAUUGA